CUACUAUAUUAUGUUUUUAAAGAGGAGUUGAAUUUUUUAACGGAUUAGGGAUCGAUACUCGAUAGAAAAAAAUAUUAUUCAAGGCUGGAAAGUGGUAUACACUAAAUACAACUAUAAACUACAUAAAUUUAAGUUUUGCUAAAACAUUUUGCUCAAUAUAAUUAUAUUAGCCUGUGAAAAACGAGUAAUAUUUUUAAGAUAAUAUUAUUCUAUUGUGAUGUGCUCAAUCAGAGAUUUCUUCCCUAUCGAAUAUAGAGUCGGAGGUACCAAACCAUCAAAAAAUUUUAUUCAAGAAAAUCGAAGAUAUGUUAAGAAUUUAGAAAAAACCACACAAGCCUAUAAAAGUAACGAAAAUCAAUCACACAAAUCAUCUUAUUCUCAAGUAAAGAAAAUACAAUCGAGAAAUGGACAAAAUAAAGAAGAAAUUAAAACAAAAGAUAAAUCAGGAAAAAAUUUAGAUUUGGAUAAAAUUGAAGCUAGUAUCCAAGCUAUUCGUUCUGCCAUAGCUCAAACGAAGAUUACACAAAGGAAAUUAAGUACUAGUACACAUACAACAAAUAAUAAAACUUUACAUGCGUUUAAAGAUCAAGCUGUGCAAACAAUUUUUCCAUUUAAUGAAGAAUCAGUUUUAAAAGACAGUAUAAUCAGAUAUCCAAGUUAUCACAGUGAACGUUUUGUAACUACAGCUAAAAGUAAACAUAUGAAUACAAUAGCUAUUCAAACUGAAGGUGUAAGUGCAACAGAAACUUCAAAUAGUAAGACGUCUUCAGAGCCGGUGGUUUCAAUCAAACAAAAACAUAUUGUUACUGAAAAAAAAACUGAACCUGCCAAAAACUGUAUAGCAAAUACCGAGUGUCAUCAUCAAAUCGGAGAGAUACCUAAAUAUCUUAAAAACAGAAAAGCGUUAAAGGAAAAAAACGCUAGGGAAACACAAAAGAAAAUAGCAAUUCGCCAUGAAUUAGGUCUAGAUGAUCCAGCUUGUCCACCAGGUCACAUGUUAUUACCCAAAACUGAACGCCUGGAACAUUUAAAUGAUAUUCAGAAAAAAUACGAUUACUUGAUAAAACAGUUAAUUAUGAUGCCAGUUAGUUCAGACUCGUUAAAAAUUAAAGAAAAACGGAAGCACUUGGAACGAGAAUUGGAUAAGUUGCAAAUCGGCAUCAAGCUAUUUUCCAGAGAAAAACUCUACGUUAAGGUUAAUCCAAAGGUAUUAGAUUCCUAUAAAUAAUCCUUUGUAGUAUUUUUAACGAGUUAAACUUGAUAGGUAUAAAAUGUAUUUAACAAAUAUUUGAUAAUUGACGUAACUACCAGAAAUAAUGAUUUAAAAUAGGUAAUAAUGAAAAUAAUUUAUUGCUAUUAUUAUAGAUUUUUUUUUUUACAACUAUUUUAGUGAAUUUAUUUGUAAUGAUUAAACUGUGAUUUAAAUUUGACGAUAUUUACCUAAUGAUGCAUAAAAUUAAUUUGUUAAUUACGUGUCUUGUAACA